GUCUUGCUGUUUUUAUCUUUGUCUUGCUGUUCCCUGUCUUGCUCUCUUUCUGUCAUAUAAUCUUUGUCUGUGUCUCUCUGUGUCUUGCUGUCUAACAGUCUCUAUCUCUGUCUUUUUUACUAUUUUAUCUCUCAGUCUUUUUGUCCUUCUGUCUGUGUCUUUUUCUGUCUUGCUGUUUUCUUGUCUCUGUCUCUCUGUUUUGCAGACUCACUGCCUUUUGUGUCUCUUUGCUUUCUGUCUUACUGUCUCAUUGUCCCUAUAUCACAAUGUCUCACUAUGUUUAUUUCUUCUUCUCUCUGUCUUGCUGUCUCACUGUCUCUAUCUCUAUCUAAUUGUCUCUUUCCUCGUUUUGCUUUCUUGAGGUCUCUCUCUCUCUCUCUCUCUCUCUCUCUCUCUCCCUCUCAGUGCACAUAGGCUCUCUUUGUGUGAAUGCUGCUCUGCUCUUUCCACAGGCAAUAUGAAAGCCCCCCUCAAUACCACUAUUAUCACAUCAUGCCAUAUGAAAUAGUCUGAGACCGCAUCAGCAGUUUAAGCUUAAAGCUCAGCUCUACCAUGAUACUGUGUGUGUGUUUGUGUGUGUGUGAAAGGGAGAGAAAGAGAUGAGUCAGUCCCCCACCCUCUCACAGGAAUAACUCGCUGCACUGACGCAACCCACAGAAUCCCCAGCAACGACUGCUCUGCUCCUUCAGUGAAACUGUCAUAGCAGCGGUAGUGAACUCUUCAGACAGACGAGGACAAUCCAAUUCAUCCCCUGGCUCAGGAACCAGAUGAAGAAAGCUAGCCAGCCUCCUGUCUGCUCUGUUCCGACGCUGAAGCCGUAAAACACACAGGAGGGAGAUUUCACCCUACAGGCAGAGAAGGAACAAACGCUGAGGGAACUGCUAACUGUAGCUCAGCUUGAGUCAGACAUAGACACACACACACACACACAGUUCUCUGUUCCGUUUCUACAGCGGGUACAGAAGAUCAAGGGGCAGAGUUGGAGUGGUUGUCCAGCGUGCGUUCAUACUGAAGUGACUGUAGCUCAGCACACUCAGAGCGAGAGACAAAGGGAGAAAGAAAGAAAGAGAGAGAGAGCGAGAGAGAGAGAGAACAAACACAUCUGUCUGCGACACUGUGGAUUUCCUCCUCGCUGUGUAGAAGAGCUGCAGCUGGAUUGAAGAGAAAGAGCAGACACAGGUCUGAGCCGUAAAACGAGACUCUCCCAGGACCACCCUGCUGCUCCUGCAGGACCAUGUCGUCGCACGGGAAACUGAGGAAGGAAAAGGGGAGUCUGGCAGAGUACGAGAACCAGAUCAAAGAGGUGCGCAGUCAGCUGUCAGAGCAGCUGAAGGUGUUGGAUGCGCAGCUCGAGCAGAAGACACAGCAGCUGCAGGAUCUGAGUGAUUACCUGCGCAGGCGGGGAGAGAUCGAGGCCGAGUAUGCGCGCUCUCUGGAGAAACUCAGCGAGAGGUUCACCCUCAAGACCAAAAAGAAGGAGCAGUCUGAUCAGUCUGUGGCUCAGAGCUGGACGGUGUUGCUCACUCAGACUAAGCAGGAGAGUCGAGACCACAGUUCCCUGAGUGAGCUGUGCAGCACCACCCUCACCCAGCGCCUGACCCACUGCAUCGAGGACACACACCGCCUGGCCAAGAAGAGUAAGGAGGUGGGGCUGCAGAUGCAGGAUGAGCUCCUGAAGGUCACCACAGAGCUGCAGACGGCUUUAAAGACUUAUCACCAGUAUCACACCGAGUGUCUUGCUGCUGAGGGCAAGCUGAAAGAAGCCACGAGACUGGAGGAAAGACAAACCGGCAAGUCAUCCGACCUCGGCCUCGGCCAAUCAGCAGGGCAGAGGCGCAGCUCGGUGAAGAAGAUAGAGAGGCUGAUGGAAAAGCGGCAAGGGAAAGUACAAGAGACUCAGCUAAAGUGUACCAAAGCUCGGAACGACUACCUGCUCAACCUCGCAGCAGCCAACGCCGCCAUGAAUAAGUACUAUCUGGAGGACAUAUGCACUCUGAUUGAUUGCACAGACCUCGGCUACCAUCUGUCUGUGUCGAGAGUCAUGCGCGGCUACCUGUCCAACAGGAACCGGGCUCAGCAGAACCUGAAGAACGGCCUGCAGCAGCUGGACGCUUCAGUUAAUGGUCUGGACCAGAGUCAGGACCGUGACGCUCUGCUGCAGGCCCAUAAUACAGCAUUCUGCCUGCCUUUCCGAUUCCAGCACCAGGCACACGAAGGUGACCAGGUAUGCGAGGUGAGUGCAGACUGUCAGGUGAGGUAUGAGAUGGAGACAAGAUUCCAGCAGCUGCAGUCCAGGCUGGCCUCCGUUACCCUGGAAACAGAGGAGGUCAGUAAAACCCUCAAGGCAACCCACACUGCUCUACUGGAUAAUAUCUGUGAUGACGACUGUAACCCCACACCUGACAUCUCAGCCACCCUAUCGCUGGAGAGCACAGGUGAUGGCCCCGGCACCAAGCAAAGCCUGGCCAAGCGCAGAGCCAAUCAGCAGGAGACUGAGAUCUAUUACUUUACUAAAGUGAAAGAGUACAUGAUCGGCAGCUCCCUCAUCUCCAAACUCCAGGCCAAACAUGACCUGUUAAAGGAAGCCAUACAGAAAGCUGAGUCCAUCGACAGCGAUCCCUCAAGAAUGCAGCCUGGUAGGGCAGUGCGUGUGCGGAAAGCCAGGCCUUGCUCCCAGUACAACCACAAACUCUUCACUGGAGACAUGAUCUCCUUCAUCCAGAGCUCCGGGCAGCAGAUCCCCCUGGUGGUGGAAAGCUGUAUUCGCUUCAUCAAUCUUCACGGUCUGCAUCAUGAGGGAAUUUUCAGAGUGCCAGGCUCUCAGAGUGAAGUCAAUCACAUCAGAGACGCGUUUGAAAGAGGGGAAGACCCGCUGACAGACAGCGAGUGUGACAUUGAUUCCGUAGCGGGGGUUCUGAAGCUCUACUUCAGAGGCCUAGAGAAGCCUCUGUUCCCCGAGGAGUUCUUCAAUCAGCUCAUGGAGUGUGUCCAGAUUGAGAACAUGACGGAGAGAGCAGCUCAGAUAAAGACAGUGGUCUCAUCCUUCCCUAGACCCAUCAUCAUAGUAAUGCGCUAUCUCUUCGCAUUCCUCCAUCAUGUUUCUCAGUACAGUGACGAGAACAUGAUGCAGCCCUAUAACCUGGCAGUGUGCUUCGGGCCAAGUCUGCUGAGAGCAGCCGAGUCGGGCGAUGCUGUGACCCUGCAGCCCCAGAUUAAUGCACUGGUCAAAACCCUAAUCCUCCAGCAUGAGAGCAUCUUUCCCGGCCCUUCUGAACUACCAGGACCUGUGUAUGAGAAAUGCAUGGCACUGGAACAGGAGUACUGUGAACCCAUUACAGAAGAAGGUGAAGGAGAUGCAGAACAUGUUCCGAGUGAAGAUGAAUGGGAGGCAGUGGCUUUGUUUGAUUAUGUUGCACGGUCUGCAGCCGAGCUGUCAUUCAAGCAGGGGGACCAUGUCACACUGCACAGCAAAGCCUCUGCUGAUUGGUGGAGAGGAGAAGUGGGAGGAGUCAAAGGCCUCAUCCCUCAUAAAUACAUCAGCGUCUCUGAGGGAGCGGAGAGAAAGCAGGAGAGAGGGAAGAGAGAGGACACCCGGGGUGGUAGCACAGGGAAUCUCAAUGAGGAGCAGCAACAGUCUGAACACAGUACUCGCAUGCGGGUGAACAGUGACAGCGCGUCUCUACCAGGGAGGCAGAGGACCGGUAGUGGAGGUGGAGGUGGGAUUAUAGGAGGAGGAAGCAGUGGGAAUGUGAGCCCAGUACGGAAGCUCACCCUGCAUGUCCCCGAGGGCCGACUCAUCCUCCCGCCUCAGUCACCUGGGGCCACGCGCCAAGUCUCAGGUUCGCAGGAACGCAGACACACUCUGGACAGUCUGAGGCCUAUCGGCGGACCAGCAGACAGACAGACGGUGCAUGUCGACAAGGAGAUCAGUCGGCAGAUGAAUUCGGUGUUUAAGGAGCUCCUGUCCCGUCAGCCUCCACAGGAAAGUUCAGUCCCUCCGUCUCCUUCCACCACGCCCUCCUCCUCCACUCCCUCUGCCUCCACCGGCGCUAACCGCCAGUCAGUGAAGAAAGUAUCGGCCUUCAGCCUGCGCGGCCGAGGCCUCUUCAAACCUCCUGACCAGCAGGACUGAUGGAUGGAGGACAGAAAGAAGGAUGAUAAUUAAGAAGAAGGGAAGGAUAAUUGCAAGUGUACUGAAAAGAAUCAGAAAAUCUAUUUUUCCAAACAUGUAAUAUGAUAUUCUUGGAAACCUCCAUUAUCCGGACCUUUGGUUUAUGAAAAAAACAUGUUUGGUUUGUGUAGUUCCAGUAACAGAGCCAGUGACUGGUGAUGAUGACGAUGAUGGUACUUGUUGCAGUGACCCCACUGGUCACUGGUGAUGUUACUGUUUUGUAAAGGGUGCAGGCUAAGGUAAAGCAGGCACACUUUUUUUCAUCUGUGAUUUUCCCCAUUACCCCCAAUGUCCAGUCAUUGCAGUGAUGUCCAGUGGAGUGGCUGAAUGCUUUCACUGUAGUGCUAUCACUGUUUAAUUUUGAUGAAGACUCGUUGGUUUCUAGUGGACAGCAAGUCUAAGUGCUCAAAAAGCCACUGCUGUGUUUCAUCAGCAUACUGGGAACGUCGUCUGUGACUGGGAAGAGUGCACACAGCUGUGAAUGCGGGAUCCUGACAGUCGUCUGUCAGAUUUAUAACAGCUGAGGAAGAAAAUUAAGCUUACAUUGAUUUUAUUUUAGGCGGUAAACUGGAAAUUAAUAUUUUUUUGACAAUAUAAAAGAUUAAUUUUGAAUUUUCCUUUAUUUUUGCUAUAAUUUAGGUAGAUUGUUUUUUUUAACGACCUGAGCUCAUUAUUUGUUUUCCCUAGAGAUGGGGAGACCAAACAGAUCCUUUACAGCUGCAAGCAAACAGACAAAAUAUAGCAGCAAUCUCAUUGUCGGGUUUAUGUUUCCGUAAAUGGAAAAGUUGGUGUGCAGUGUUAACGGAUACAGAAUUGGUUAAUCCAUUGAAAAUCUCGGAAUAUGCAUUUUGAAUUUGUACUAGUUUGGUCUUUAUGUUGGUAACUCCAUACUUUGUCUCUAUUUACUUUUGGCUGGCUCAUAUGUGAAUACACCACAUGACAUUUUUAACUGUACCUUGGUGAAUUACGUGAACACACACGAACACGCACAUAUAUAACCAUGCAAAGACACUGGGAAUGGGAACAGGUGUGAUGACCAAAAUAAGUGCAGCUCAGUAGCCACCUAUUCCCCCAUGAGUCCAUUUACUCUGUCGUGUAUGGAACCCUGACAGACAACUGUGAAGACAAGUGUCUCCCAGACACGCCUACAGCUCAGGAGUAGCUAUAGAGAGAGAGUGAGAGAGAGAGAGAACAAGAGGAACUGGUAGACUGUAGAACUGACCAAACUGUGAACGAAUAGGUGCCAUCGCAGGACGUCCACUCACUCCUGUCAAGCCCUAACAAACACACAUACAAAAAAACAUACAAAAACACCUCCCUGCUCCUGUUCCAAUCCUCCUACUCCUCCUCCUUUUCCUCAUCUGCUACUCACUGAUGCAUCAUCUUUCGCUUCUCUGUUACAUGAUGUCAGCAAAAUUGUUGUCAAAUGAAAUCCAGUAUUAUCACAAUAAAUAAUAAAUUAUGUCGAUCCGGAAAA